GUAAGUGUUUUGAAAGGAGACGGCCGGCUAGCUGACGGAUUACAGCGGAACACCUAGUAACAUAGAUGAUGAAGGCUGAAACAUCCAGACUGGACUCCCACUUACACGGGUGAUGGCCGGACGUCUGCAGUCAUAUGAUAGUAGCUUGAGUGACACCGAAAACUGGGAAAGCAAAGCAACCGGCCGAAGCCUCUGUGAGCUUUCCAGUCAGGCAAGUGAAUCUAUAGAGGAGGAAUACAAGAAGAUGAGCCUGCAUGGUGCUAGUGGGGGCUGUGAGCGCUCACGUGACCGCCGUCGUUCAAGCGAUCGCUCAAGGGACUCCUCACACGAGAGAGAAGGCCAACUCACCCCCUGCAUUCGGAACGUCACGUCACCUACCCGCCAACACAACAGUGACCGCGAGCGAGAUGGUGGCCCGUCAUCGAGGCCCAGUAGUCCACGGCCCCAGAGAAUCUCACCCAGCGGUUCCAGCAGCAGUGGGGCGGUGAGCAGUCGCAACAGUAGCCUGUCCAGUGCCGAAGGCACCUUAAAAAGCUUGGGAGCUGGAGAAAUGGUAUUCGUGUAUGAAAAUCCAAAGGAAGGUGGUGCCAGUGCCACUGUUGGAAGCAGGAACAUUCGGACCUCUGAACGAGUUACUCUGAUUGUGGACAACACGCGUUUUGUAGUUGAUCCUUCCAUCUUCACUGCGCAGCCCAAUACCAUGCUGGGAAGAAUGUUUGGAUCUGGAAGAGAGCAUAAUUUCACUCGGCCCAACGAGAAAGGGGAAUAUGAAGUAGCCGAGGGCAUUAGCUCAACAGUUUUUCGAGCAAUUCUGGAUUACUACAAAUCUGGGAUAAUCCGUUGUCCAGAUGGAAUCUCCAUCCCUGAGUUGCGGGAGGCGUGUGACUAUCUAUGCAUCUCCUUCGACUAUAGCACCAUUAAAUGCAGAGACCUUAGUGCCCUGAUGCAUGAGCUGUCCAAUGAUGGAGCGCGGCAUCAGUUUGAGUUUUACCUCGAAGAAAUGGUUCUGCCUUUGAUGGUGACCAGUGCUCAGAGUGGAGAGAGGGAGUGUCACAUCGUAGUCCUUACUGAUGAUGAUGUGGUGGAUUGGGAUGAAGAAUAUCCACCGCAAAUGGGGGAAGAGUAUUCACAGAUCAUUUACAGCACAAAACUGUACAGAUUUUUUAAGUAUAUUGAGAACCGAGAUGUUGCCAAAUCAGUUUUAAAGGAGAGAGGACUGAAGAAAAUAAGACUGGGCAUUGAAGGUUACCCAACAUAUAAGGAGAAAGUGAAGAAAAGGCCAGGAGGUCGUCCAGAGGUCAUUUACAACUACGUCCAGAGGCCCUUCAUCCGCAUGUCUUGGGAAAAAGAGGAGGGCAAAAGUCGCCACGUGGACUUCCAGUGCGUUAAGUCCAAAUCCAUCACCAACCUGGCCGCGGCAGCUGCAGACAUCCCCCAAGACCAGCUGGUGGUGAUGCACCCCGGCCCACAAGUGGAUGAACUGGACAUCCUCCCCAACCACCCGCCCAGUGGGAAUCACUACAACAACUACAGCAACGAGCCUGAUCCUGAUGCACCUUCACCUGCUGUGUGAGGAUCCUCCGGUCCUCCUUCAAUGCCUCUGCCCCUCUCCUACUCUUCUAGUUCUACUCCCAGCAUGCUGCAGCAUGGAGCGCCAGGGGCACCAUAACCAUAUUGCCUUGACACCUCCUUUGCAGCCUUAGAGCCUCAAGAACCAGGAUGACUAGAAAAGGAAACACGAGAAAAUCAAGACUGAUUUAAAAGGAAAUGUUCACCGUUUUUCAUUUUGUUUUUUUACUUGACCAAAGGAAUUUUAUUUUUGUUUGGAAAAAGAAAUCUGUAAGACAUUUAGUAUUAACAUUAUUAUUAUUAUUUACAUUGUUAUUGUACCUUAAUUUGAUGGGUUUGGCUGAGCACUGUUGUGGUGUCACUGUUUUCUCCCAGGUUUCGUUUCACUGAUAAUUUUGAUUUUCAUUCUCUCGGGUGGUCUACUAAAUGUGCUUUGAUGGGAAAAACAGACUUGCAGAAAGAGGAAGACUGACCUGGUUAUGGAGAAAUUCAGUUAUCAAGACAUGGUGUCAUCUUCUCCAAUCAAACUCCUCACAGAUGUCUUUAACUCUUGUAAUGGGAUGUGUAGUCUUUGGCUGGAUCUGAUAUGUGAUGUUAUGCUCCUCCCACAGCCGAGAUAUUCAGCAAAGCACAGGCUGUUGUGGUCAGAGUCAUUUUGUGCAAAGCUUGAAAUUGUUAUUUAAAAACGAAACAUUAAAUCAUCAAUUAAAAGGUUA